AACACAGUAUAAUAUACAUUGAAAUAAAACAUGGAUCAUAUUAAAAGUGAAAAAUGGACAAUUAUUUUAGUAGAAAAUCUAAACUAGACAAGGUAGUUGUUGUAAUAGAAUAGGCAUCAACCUACACCAGACACACGAUCCAUGCUUCUUUUGAGAAAAAUGAAGAGACAACUGUUCAAACAUCUGAGAAAUAUCCAUACUGUUCUUUUCAACUGAAAAAUCAUGAGAUUGUUUUUGAAUUAGGGAAAAUAUAUUUAAACCUGUUGUGUUAUACUGAUUUAAAAGACACAUUACACCAAGUGUUUGUUUUCCACCAAAGAGAAGCAAAUGGAUAUAUUUUGAAGACCUUUCAGAAACGAAUUCACAAACAAGUCAUACAGUGGGUUAUAAUAUUACCAGCAGGAACACGGUUACAAUCUGAAAUCAAGGAGGCUGCCAGUAGUACUGGACUCAAAAGUAUUCAAUGUCAGUAUGUUUUCCCUUCUGAUGUUUUAGCACUUUACAAUGCAAAGGAACAUGACAUAAACAAAACUAAUACAACAACUGAGAGAGAAACUAGUCAAGUUUCAUAUGUUUAUUUUGAUGAUGAAUUUGGUGAAAUUGGCUCAUAUGAUGUAUUGCAAGAUGGCACAAUAUGCAACAAUUCAAGAAACACCAACAAGUUGUUCGAGGGUGGGUCACUUGAGUAUUACAUUAAGCAGCUGCUAUGUUGUGUAUUCACAACGGAUUUUAUCCGUUGGUAUGGAAUGAAACAUAAGUACAAGUAUCACAUGCUUUACAAAGAUUUUGAGGAACAGAUCAGAGAGUAUGAUAUUGCCACUGCAGAUAUAACUUUGCAAUGUAAACAUUUUGUGACAAAGAUAAACGAACAUCACUCUAUGCCAGUCGAAAGCCUUAUUCAUGAUUCAAAAUAUAGAGACACUGUGAGAUACGAUGCUGACACGUCGUCACUAGUCUUCUCACAACAAGUGCUAGAAAAGAUCAUGGACGACUUCAAGCUCAGUGUGACUGAAUGUCUGAAAUGCUUACUUAAACAUCAGACCAGCUUGAUAUGUUACUUACAAAUGGAAUUAUGUACAAGUUCAUAUAACUUUCAGCAAAGACUACAGCAGGAGCUGCAAUAUAACAAUGGUCUACUAGGUAGUUUAGCAUGUAAAGAAGAAGAAACAGUAGUAACAUCAGACUACACAAUUGGCUAUGUGGACAUUAUAGAGAAUUUCAAUAAAGAACAACACUCGGAACUGAAUAAAACCUCCCUCUGCCUUGACAAUACCGGUGAGGAAUGCGCAAUAUGGCUAUUUACACCUCUCAUUAAAAAGGGGCAACAGAUAACUGUUAGCAGUGAAUUCAUCUGGUUUGAAGACAUUACCUUUACUUCUGAAUGGAAUAAAAGUUCCAUCCAUAAAACUCAUGUAAUGAGAUCGAAAUUUCCUUACCCCCGAUACAUUAAUGAGGAAGGUUGUGACAUGGCAGCCACAAUUCAGUCCCACCCUCCUGCUGAAGGCUGGCCAGAUGAAGUAAUGUUCAAGUAUACACUUGCCGUUACAGAGAAUGGGCCAAUAAUAAGAGUUUUUGACGUACAUGCUGAGAAAACACUAACAGCUGAAUUCACAUACAAGCUGAAUAUUGAAUUUCUAAAAGAGCCCAGUUCAGUUGCUAUGCAAAGCCCUAUAUUAGCAGGAUUACAGCCUCUCAGCAUUAAGAGAAGAGCAAACCAUGGGAUUGGGAGUGAACCAGUUUUCAAGGAGGGAAGGCACCCAGAACACCUCAGGUUCGUUGAUAGUGAAGGUGUGAGCAGAUGUAAAGCAGUAUUCCACAAGUUGAUAGAGAAGGGCCAGCUGCUGCACCAUGGACAGAUUUUCUCUGCUACAAUUCCCCGUGCUAGUUUGGAUAUGGGCUUUACGCUAUGGCGCUCCCCUCUGAAGGACCCCAGGUACAUUAAUGAUCCAGAUGACAAGUGCAAAUGUGUGGCUUCAAAUUUCCACACAUAUUAUGUUCAAUAUGACAAGGUUCAACAGUUUGAUGUACUGUUGAUUGUUGGAGGCACUGAUAUCAUGUUUAAAAUUAUCAACAGGAAGACUGGUAGGGAGAAGGUGGAGUCUGUGGACUUUUAAUAGAGUGAAUAUUAAGUUUACUUAAAAACUUUAUGACGAAAAUUUUGGAUGUAAUUUUAAAGUGAAUACUAGAACUAUCAAAGGAUUUAAUAAGAGCCCCGAAUGAAAUUAUAUUUGACAGGGGGAGCAAUUGAAGACAUGCUAAAAGUCCAGUUGGGCAACUAUGCAAGUGUAUGCAGUUAAAAUCCUGCUCAUAGAUUGAUAACUUUUUCCAUAACACUUUAGUUGGUUUUGAAUACUAUACCAAAAUCUUAUAUACACUGAUGUUAAUUUAACCAAGAGGACCAUAAUGGCUCUAAAUCGCUGACUUGGGUGAAAGUUUUAAACAUUUGCUUUUUUACAAUAAUGCACAAGGAAAUUGGUUAAUGGCAACACAACAAGGGAUAAAACUGUGAUUGAGUGUUGUCAAAUGUUGUAGUGAUUAAGGUCAUUCAAGCACAACAUUAAUGUUCAAAAACUGAAAACAAGGUUCAUAUUUCAUUGAAGUAGCUUGAAAAAUAAGUAGGUGAAUAUGUCAAAGUAUAGCUUAUCUGAGGACAACAUUGAAAUUUGUUUGCAAAACUGCACACAUGGUACAAAUUUCAUUGAUGUAGCUUCAAAUAUAAGACAGUAGUUCAAAUGGAUUCCGGACAAUUCGGCACCAAACGAAUUUGGCAUACAUACCUUUUGGCACUAAGUUAAUCCAGCACGUCCAAUUCGGCACCAUCCGACUGGAUACCAAGAUAAUUCGGCACCGUUUUAUUUAUUUUUUGCUCAUGUAUUUAAGCAUUAAGGGUUUAAUUGUUUUUCAAGAAAAAUAAUUAUUCCCCGAACUAUUUAUAGAGCUACUUUAUUUUUUAUUUUGUUUUCACUUCU